GUUAGUAAACAAAAGCAGGACCUCGCGGAGUUUCAGUCACCGCAGUUUUGGCAUUUUCGGAUUCCUAUUAUUUUCCUACUUCAAAUUUCAUUUCACUCUCCAGCAAAAUGACGACUUUAAGACCAUUCAAAUGCACGGACAUGCUCAAAUUCAACAAUGUGAACCUGGACCCUUUGACUGAAACUUAUGGGCUCUCAUUCUACAUGCAAUAUUUAGCUCACUGGCCUGAGUACUUCCAAGUUGCAGAGGCCCCAAAUGGAGACAUCAUGGGUUAUAUAAUGGGAAAAUCGGAGGGACACGGAGAAAACUGGCACGGACACGUUACGGCUCUAUCUGUUGCUCCUAUGUACCGAAGGCUCAACCUUGCUGCAACUUUAAUGGCGCACCUGGAAGAUAUCUCAGAAAAGAAAAAAGCGUACUUUGUUGACCUUUUUGUACGAGUCAGCAAUAAAGUGGCUAUAUCAAUGUAUCAAGCUCUAGGGUAUAUUGUGUACCGAACAGUUAUAGAGUAUUAUUCGGGUGAUCCGGAUGAGGAUGCCUAUGACAUGCGGAAAGCUUUAUCAAGAGAUGUUAAUAAAAAAUCGGUCAUCCCCCUGGCAAAUCCUGUGUACCCGGAAGAUGUUGAAUAAUCUUAAUCAUACUCCUAAAAUGUUCAAAAUUUGUCGUGCAAGUUCGUCUAAUCAUUAGAAGUGUAAACUAAGCAGAAAAAAAGAUACAAAAAUUAAGAAAUAUUUGAACAUUGAUUAAAUAAAAAAUCAGGUGUUUCCCGGAAAUUUCAGUGUAAAAAAAAAAUCAAUUUUUUUCUCGUUCAUGUUUAUUUUUACUUUUAUUCUCGAACCUCAGUUUAAAGACAUUUUUCCUCAUUUUAAUUUUAUUUUUAUAGAUGUACCUAAUUCUCUGCAUUUGCAAAGGGCCACCAUGUUUAAAAUUGUAGAGUGAGUCUCUCAUUGCAAAAAUUACCGGUUAGUCCAUUAUAAUCUCAGGUCCAUAAGAUGAAAGUAAGAGCUUAUUUCUGUACUGUGCGAUUAUUUUGUUUAAAGCAGAAUUCAAGGUAUGAUGUUAAAACUGGUGAUCCAUGAGUUUUUAUUUUCAGAGUUUGAAGAAAAAUAAUAGAGUUUUGGCCUUCAUAUGCUCCAACUUCCAAGCUGAAAGUUCCAGCCUCUAAGGCCUAAAGUCCUGUAUGAAUCUAGAUUUUUUCAUCCGUCACUCCUAGAGACUUAGUGAAAUCUAUGCUCAAUGUCUAUCACUCGCCUAUAGCUUUUUAUUUACUGUGCAUGUAUUGAAUGCAUUUUCUCUGAUUUUAUGAUGUAAGACAUUCUAAAAGUCAUUUAAGUAGUGAGUAAACGAUAAUUAAGAUGUAGCUAUCAUCACAUGAUGCAACUUUAAAAGUGAAGCUUUUAAAUGGACACAGACCUGAUCAAAGUCACAUUUCAUAGUUAAGGAUCAGAGUUGAAGAACAUUAUGUAUAAAAUUCAACAACUGGAGGUAGGUUUCUUUAUGUAAUUGUAUUCUGUCCUUUACAAAUUUCUGAAGGGAAGUAUAUGUUUUUGAAAUCAUUGUACUUUUUAUUGAGUGAGAGCUCAUCUUUGAGUUCUCUUCUUUACUUUUUCUAUCAGUGUCUGAGAGGAAGCGUUUUUUUUUUCUUAUUUUUCUUUUUUUAAGAUGAGUAAUAGUAUGUAUCCAUUCAAACGGAUUACUGUCACUAUUUUCUUUUAAAUACAAUUUGUCAUUUGUUACCUAAAA